AUGCCAUCCAAGAAGUCCAACGUCAACAUUGACUACAAGCCCGACCCCUUCCCUAACUCCGUCGAUACGGACCUCCUAGACCAGGAACCUACUCCCCGAACAAGCAGGAAGAAGAACAAGAAUGUCAAACAGACUGCGCGAGUUGAACCAGAAAUAUCGGACCCAGAGGUAGCCAGAGAGCCAUCUGUGUCGCCACCUGCCUCGAACCAGAUUCCGAGGGGGUUCCCUCACCGCAGUCGCGAUCCGGGCCGCGAUGGCUUGGAGGAUCUGACAGCUACUGAGAAGGUGUCAGAUGACCAUACUCCUCCGCAGGAUACGUUCCUGUCACCAGCGAGCACUUAUGGCCGAAGUCCGCCCGCUGAUCUGCUCUUGGGCUUCAGCCAUCGACCGUCACCACCUACGCAGAGCUAUAUAGGAAAAGGCGGUUUCAACGCCAGAAGCCCUCCGACCUCACCGCCUCUGGCUAAGGCUCGUCCGAUCAGUUAUGGAGGCCCGCCUACCACUGUGGGCUACACAAGAACCUCGACUUCGCCGUAUGCGCACCCGGCCAGUGCUUUCGGUUCGCCACCUCCCCAUAUGCCACAGGCGCACUUCUAUGAGGCCAGAGACAUAGACCUCGGACUGGGGCAAAGACUCGGUCUCAAGAGCCAGCCUCCCACAUUGGUCAAAUUUGCAAGUCUGGCCGGAGUGAAGGAGGCACGCAACGCGAUACUUGUAGGUACAGCAAAUCAGCUGGACGUGCUGGGCUACGAAGGUGAUAAAGUGCUUCAACUCGGAAGCCUGCGAAACAUACCUGGUGUCAUUCAUGAUGCUACACUGCUCACCUGGAGUCGUGGUCAGGAUCCAUUCCAGGCACUAAGGCCGCUAGUCGCAUUGACCGUACACGGUUCGCAUGGCGACCAUAUCAUCCCCAAUGAAAGGCCCCCUGACUAUCAAUCUCGACGAGGCUCUGCGGCAGCAAGCUACGCGACUCCUCCGCAGGCUGGCGCGGGUGCUUCGACAUCGGUCGUUGUUUACUCACUGAGGCAGCAGUGCCUUAUCGCUGAUCUGCUACAUCUACCUUCCACUUCGAUUCCGCAAGUACCAUCAUGGAUGGACAAGCAGCAGAAACCAGCACCUUCCGGCCGACUUAAGCUGCAAACUAGUGGAGAUCAUCUCCUAGUCAGCUCUGGAGUCAGUGGCGAGGUGUUUGUGUUUGGCAUUCGCCAAAAUGGCAGCGAGGCGAACUUCAUCUGCCUCGAAAAGUUGUGGACCACUCUACAGCCACGAAUGCGCAGACGUGAAUCUUCUCAUAGCAGACCAAAUGACCAGGACGUCUCGCCAGCAGACAUCAACCGUGGGGAAGUUGACCAAGAGCAGGCAAUCGUCAGUCUUAGUGGCAGAUGGCUUGCAUACUGCCCAGCAUUGGCUUCAAGACCGUCAAUCGGGGCAGUCGUCGGCGAGAGUGUGCUGUGUGUGAAUGGUGCUUCGCUCAGUUCUCGAAGUGCCCCAGCGAGGCCAGUGAUUAACUGUACGGUCGAUUCUCCAGAUGUCGAGACGAUCUUCGGCAAGGUUGCAAAAGGAGUGGCUCAAGAAAUGCUAAAGGGUGGUAAAUGGCUUGGCGAGAAGGGUGCGCAAUACUGGCAGCAGUACUGGAACCAAGACACUGCCAACAGGACGCCUUCGUCUCAACAAUCCCCAAUUUACAGCCCACAGCAAGCCCCUCUCCAGUUUCCACCCACCCACGGGGAGCCAGCCGAUGCCACAACGAAGGAGCCAGAACUGGUAUCGAUUGUUGACUUGCAAGCGUUGCAGUUGAAGGACGGCAAGAAGUCCUCCGAUUUUGUUCCGUUGGCGACAUUUGAACCGCCUGGCGGAUGCAGCUACCUGUCUUUUACUCCAAACGGACUAUGCCUCCUGACUGCGAGCCGGCGAGGAGAUAUUUACUAUGUAUGGGACCUCCUACAAGUACGCUAUCCACGCAUCUCAAUCAUAGAGGAGAACGAAGCUCAGAUCGCCGCGAGGGUCCGACAGGUCCACAAGAAUGAGCGCUUCAGUGAAUCAGUCAUCGUUGAUGUUGAAUGGGAGGCACCACUGGGGAUACGCUACGCUGUGGUCACGCAGAACAGAACGGUCCACAUGUUCGACAUACCAUCGGCAGCGCUGCGAUGGCCACCACCUAGAGCACGGAAGAAAAAGCGUCCAGUAUCUAUCCCAGCAGAUCCAGCUUCUAUUGGCCCACAACCUCCAGCUUCCAGCUUUUUCGCAUCUGCGAUGAAUUUCGCAACGACUAAGACUCAGCCAAUGCUUGCCAAUCUUCGAGGCCGCGCUCCUAGCAUGGGCGGCGGUGUUUCAGGCAUUGGUAACACUGGUCUUGGUUACGCUUCUGCUACCGGCAUGCGCAGCGGCAAAGUUGUGGCGGCUGGCUUUAGUAAAUCCCUUGGAGCGGCCACGAACACGGUUGCUAGCAUUAGGCAUGCAGGUCAAAGCAAGCUGCACCUGAAAAUGGAGACCGUUGCCGGGCGCCUGGCAUGGACAUAUCGCGAUCGUCGACUUCGCCUAUCCGUUCUAGAUUCUUCCGGCAUACGCAACUACUACGUUCGAAAGACAAACCCUCGCGAGCGGCAACCCGAGACAGUUUCUGUGUUCGACAGCCGUAAAUCAGUCAACGUAAAGCUCCCCGAGAUUUACCCAACCCAGGAUCCUGAAGAAGGCCCGCACGGCUUCUGGCAGCCCAGCUCUCAACGUCCACCCCAGGCACCCGGUUUCCCGGCUCCUCUUAGCUUCGCCGAGAUCGAUACGAAUGCUCCCUAUCAGCCGUUCCAUUCUGAUAGUCGGGUCACCAUGUCGGUCUUUCCAACUGAUUUACCCCUGUCCGAGUCGCAAUUCCCAACCGCCUCCGCCAUCUUCCAUCCCCGGUCUGACGUGCCAAAUCCUCGAAAGAAAGACGAAGAUAGAUGGGUCUUUGGCCUUGAAAUUCCGACCGUGCGGCUCAACACUGGCUCGCCGGAGCGAAAUGACCACGAGGAAGAUGGGUACCGGAGUGUGGUCUAUCGCGAGACAACGUUGCAACAAAUUGGUGAAGAGGGCGAGGAGCAGAUUGUCAGCACGACAAGACGCAGAAAAGCCAAGAAGGGCAAACAGGCUCGGGCUCAACAAGGUGACACAAUGACCGAGGAUGGUCAGGAAGGCGAGGAGGGCUUCUUCGAGGAUGACUGCGAUGUGCUGGACUUUGCUGAGGACAGGGUUUGA